AUGAUCUGCCACUAUACAGGCGGCUGGCUAGCAUUUAUACUGAUACUGGUUGAUGUACAUUCCACAGCUGCGAUUAUUCUCUCUGGAGCGCCGAAUUCCUACGCUAGGUAUCCCAAAUGGGCCCACUCGUUUGAAAACUCGCUUUCAUUUGAAUUCAAAACGAAACAGUCGCAUGGCCUUCUUCUCUACACCGAUGACGGGGGUGUAAAUGGCAAUUUCUACUCGAUCAGCAUAUCCGAUGGCAGAGUUCAACUCGACUUUCGAUUGGGAGACAAUGCGAAUGAUUUCGGUUCACGACGAGUGGUCAAUACCAUUCGUAUCGAAGAAGUUCGUGUUGAUGACGAUCGAUGGCAUUCUUUGGCACUUUUCCAGUCUUGGGAAAAUGUUAAAAUGGAGCUGGAUGCGUCGUUGGUGUUUAAAAUACUCAAUCAACGGAGCUUCAUCUUCGGCAACAUCCUGAAAAAUUCCGAUGUGUUCGUAGGAGGAGUUCCUCAGGACACCCAUCUCCUGCCAGUGAUGAGCUCACCCCUUCGCCGUUAUGCAAGACAUUUAGCUGGGAACAUUCGCAACCUUGUCUACCGGCUAUAUCCUCAAGGUGUAACGUCACCUCAACUUUUGGAUGUUCACGGAGCUCGACAGAACGAGGAUGAUUACUGCAGACCGACGGGGUUUUCAUCUCGUGAACAGUUCGUCUGCCGGAAUGGAGGACGUUGCUACAGUACCAACGACGGCCCGAAAUGUGACUGUACGCUGAGCGAGUACGAUGGGAAGCACUGUGAAACAGAGAAACUCGACUCGGAGCUGACGUUUUCUGGUCAGGAAUGGGUUGGCUACGAUGUUUCAGAGACGGCUGCUGGUCCGUUGAAGACGAAAGCCGAGAAUUUCUCCCUGUCUUUCAAAACUGUGCAUGGAUCAGCGAUGAUAUUCUUUGCUGGCGAUGAAAGGAGUUACAUGCAGCUCUAUCUCGAGGAGGGUGCUCUUAUAGCCAGCUCAAAGUUCGCUGGCACAGCACCGAGACUUGUGAGGAUCUUCAAUGAGUUGCCUCGUGCAAGGUUCGACGACGAUUCCUGGCAUACCGUUUCCAUGCAAAGGACUCUUCAGAUGCUGACAUUGACAGUUGAUGGAAGGAAGGAUGAAAUUCGUCAGUACGCACCAGAACUCGAUUGGAUUGGCCAUUCCUUCGCCUACCUCGGUUCUGUUCCCCUCGAACGACAUAUCACGGGUGUCACGAAGAACGCUUUUCGUGGGUGUAUGAAGCAAGUGAAGUACGACGCGGAUGCGCAGCGAAUUCUAUUCGUCACGUUGGCCGAUCAGGGUUUCGGCGGAAGCAUCAUCAAGACGGGUGGCGAGUUGUCGUUCUCUUGCAAAAGUCCAACGCAACCACCGGACGUGCUCUCAUUCCAUUCUGGCUCGUCAUUUCUUGCUCUGCCCAAAUGGGGUGCUUUGGCUAGCGGCAGUCUGUCAUUCCAUUUCCGAACAACUGAAAAGGAUGGACUCCUGCUCUAUCACGGUAAUACCGGGAAAGACAUCACCGACUACAUUGCGUUCGAACUCAUCGAUGGUCAUCUUCAUAUGAUUAUAAAUUUGGGCAGUGGAGCUGUUCGGUUACAGACAACCGCACGCCAUGUCUCUGAAGGCGACACCUGGCACUCGCUUCAUGUGGAACGGGUAGGUCGAACAGAUGAUCCCAUCUAUCUUGGCUGGGUUCCAAACACUACCGUAUCCUUGCCUUCAACCAUAUGGUCGGUGUCGUUACGGAAAGGAUUUAUUGGCUGCAUUAAGAAUUUACGUGUGAAUGGUAUCAGUGCUCGAAUCGCUACUGUAUUCGAACAUUCUAAUGCGACGGGUAUAUCAAUCGGUUGCCCUCCGAUGCCGGCCGUCAAUCCGUGUGCCAACAAUCCAUGCCAUAAUUUUGGCAUUUGCGAGCAGUCUCAGAAUACGUUCACUUGUGAUUGUGCGGCUACGGACAAGGAGGGUCCCACAUGUAAUGUAGAGCCAGCGGUGGUGGAACUUACGGGCGAACGUCUCCUACAUAUCCUUCCUUACACCCUCGAGUCAGAGGCUGAAACGAUUGAAAUCAGGUUCAGGACUGACUAUUCGCGUGGAGUUCUGUUGAGCACGAAAUCGAAUUCCGAUCCAAAGAAUCAACUCCUUGUUUAUCUGAAUGGCAGUUCAUUAGGUGUUCUUCUGAGGCACGAAUCUGGCGAACAUGUAUUCAACUGGGGAUCAGGAAUUUCGGACAAUCGGUGGCAUUUUAUGCGUUAUAAGCGCAGAGGAGAGAAGGUUCUGCUGUAUUUUGAUGGCAAAUGGCAACAGAAUAAUUACCUCCCUACGCUUAUCGUCUUGAAAAUUGAUGAAAUAUCGAGCGGUGUUGGCUUACGGAAAGGAGGAGACACGUUGACAGAACCAUUUCGAGGAGCUGUCACACGAAUGGUACAGCUCUAUUCUGGUCACAUACUUCAAUCUGAUGAUAGCCUACUGUAG